AUGCUUUAUAUUUUUUCAUUUAUAAUCAUAAUAAUCUAUUUGGCUUUAAAAAAUAAUUUAUGUAUUUUAAUGAAUAAAAAUAAAAGUAUUAAUCCUAUAUGUAAUUUAUUGAAAGAUACCAAAAAAACUUAUAAAAUUAAUAAUGCAAAGUAUACUACUAUAAAAUUGUUUAUUUACAAUUUAAAUGAAAAGAAUAUUAGAAAGAAUAAGAAAUAUUUAAUAAAAAAAAAUGAUGUGGAUAAAAAAAAAAAAAAUGUAAUAAUUUUUGCAACAAGUAAUUUUUUUAACCCAAAACAAUUUAAAGAUUUAUUUUCUGAUGAUGGUAAUAAAAAAAAAGAAAAAGAUAAUUAUGAAUGUCUUGAAUUAGAAAAAGUAGAAAAUUUAAAAGAAAUAUGUCCUGAGUUAUAUAAAAAAUUAAAUGAUUACAAUAGAUCGAAAGUAUCAGAAGAAGAAUUAAAGGAUAAUGAAGAAGAAAUAGUAGAUAUAAAUAAUAUUUCUGUAUAUGAAGGAUUACCUCUUUUAAUGAUUGAUGGAAAAGAUUUUCAAGGUUUUGCAGAUAGUAGAAAAAUAAAAAUAAAACCUCAGAUUGCUACUGAAUUUACUAAUUCUGAUUAUAAUGAAUUUAUUAAAUCAAAUAAUAAUAAAAAAAAUAUUAAUGAUAAUGAAAAGGCUCAGAUGAAUCAAAAAGAAGAAAAAGACAAUGAAAUAGAAAAAUUGAAAGGAUUGAAAGCAAAAGAAUAUGUAGAGCAAAAAAAAGAUAAUAUAGAAAAUAAAAAAGAUAAAUGGAAUGACUUUGAAAAGGAAGUGCAUUGUAUAUUAGAAGAAGAAAAAGAAAAUCGAAUUGAACAAAAUAAUAAAAAAGAAAUAGAAGAUGACAUAAAAAAAUAUUUGACAAAAGAGGAAAAAAUAGAGAAAUAUAAAAAAGUAGGGAAGCAUUAUUGUAUGAACUCUACAUUAGGAGAAGUAUUGUUUGAUAGAAAUUAUCCUGGAUAUAUUUAUUUGAAUCAUGGAGAAAAUUUAAAAGAGUUAGAUGAAAAGAAUGAAUUUGAUUCUGAAUUCCCAAGUUAUAUAAACCCAUCUAAUAUACAUUUAAGAACCGGACGUAAAAGAGAAGAACAAAAAAAAAAAGAUAGUGGAAUUAAACAGAAAAAGAGAUGGAAUUUAAAAGUUGAAAAUGACAUUAAAAGAGGGAAUUGGAAAUAUUAUGAUGACACAGUAAAAGAUUUUCUUGACUCAAUUGAUCAAGAAAAGUUAAGUGAAAAUUACUAUUCCAAUAAUUAUUAUCAAAGAACGAAUUAUAAUACAGGAUAUGGUAAUUUAGAGAAAGUGCCUAAUAACUAUUUUGAUGUACAAUUCAUAGGUUCAGCAGAAACAUAUCCUUCUAAUAUAUCAGUAGGUAUGAAUUUUGUUUGGCCAAUAAAUUUCAUACCUAUGUUAUGCAAACAGUAUACUAAAAGAUUAGGCCAGCCAAUUAAAUCGGAAAUAUUCAAUUUAGGUGGGUUUGAUUCUUUACAGCUAUGGUUUUAUCCAGAUGGUAUGAAUAAUUCUAUUGAUGGAUACUGUGCUUUGAAGUUAGUUAUGAGACCAGGUUCUUAUUUACCCGUGAAGAUUUUCUUUUUUGCAUUUAGUGAAUAUAAUUAUUUUCACACAAGUCCUUUUUACAAGGAAUCAGCUGAUUACAUAGCAUAUUCUUUGAAUUUAUGCAAAUUACUACUAAAGACUAAAGAAAAUUUAAAAAAAAUUGAAAACAAUAAAGAUUAUGUUAUUUUAGGACCUGCCGGUAAUGUAUAUAUAGGAGUAGGAAUUUUUGAUGAUGUUUAUAACUUUGAUGAAGAUUUCAAAAAAUUUUAUUCAAUUAAUGAUAAAUAUAAAAAGAAAAAUGGGAAAGAAAAACAUAAAUUUAAAUAUAAAUAUGAUUGGGAUGAAGGGGUGCAUAUUUUUGAUAAUUGGUUAAAAAAACAAACUGCCGUUACAGAUGAUAAAAACGAGUUACUACCCGUAUAUUACACACAUUCAGAUUUAUAUGAAAAUUAUAAAUAUAAAUAUGUACCUGAGAAAAAUCCUUUUAAAUUUUUAAAUAAAAAAAAGGAUAAUCAAGAAUGGAAUAGACAUCCAUUUUAA